GGAGGAGGAGGAGGGCGCAGCCUCCUGCCAGGCCCCCGGCCCCGGCAUGAAGUGUCACUACGAGGCGCUGGGGGUGCGGCGCGACGCCAGCGAGGAGGAGCUGAAGAAGGCCUAUCGGAGGCUGGCCUUGAAAUGGCACCCGGAUAAAAAUUUGGAUAAUGCAGCAGAAGCAGCUGAACAAUUCAAAUUAAUCCAGGCAGCGUAUGAUGUGCUGAGUGAUCCUCAGGAAAGAGCAUGGUAUGAUAAUCAUAGGGAGGCUCUGCUUAAAAGAGGAGCUGACGGAGAUUAUCAAGAUGACAGCUUAGAUCUGCUACACUAUUUUACUGUCACCUGUUAUUCUGGGUAUGAAGAUGAUGAAAAGGGCUUCUAUGCAGUGUACCGUAAUGUUUUUGAAAUGAUUGUGAAGGAAGAGUUAGAAUCUAGGGUAGAGGACGACCUUGAAGAAUUCCCAACAUUUGGAGAUUCCCAGAGUGAUUAUGAUACGGUAGUCCAUCCAUUCUAUGCUUAUUGGCAGAGUUUCUGUACUCAAAAGACUUUUGCUUGGAAAGAAGAGUAUGACACCCGACAAGCUUCCAAUCGUUGGGAAAAGCGAGCAAUGGAAAAAGAGAACAAAAAGACCAGAGACAAAGCAAGAAAAGAGAAGAAUGAGUUGGUUCGUCAGCUAGUGGCUUUUAUUCGGAAAAGGGAUCGAAGGGUUCAGGCUCAUCGAAAACUUGUGGAAGAACAGAAUGCAGAAAAGGCCCGAAAAGCAGAGGAGAUGAGGAGGAAGCAGAAGCUAAAACAGGCCAAGUUGGCAGAGCAGUACAAAGAACAGAGCUGGAUGACUAUGGCUGACAUUGAGAAGGAGCUCAGGGAGAUGGAGGCACAGUAUGAAAAGGAGUUUGGAGAUGGAUCUGAUGAAGAAGAAAUGGAUGAGCAGGAGACAAAAGAGGGACAGGAUGGUAAACUAAGUGACGAGGGUGAAGACGCUGAAAUUUAUGAUGAUUUGUACUGCCCAGCAUGUGACAAAUCCUUUAAGACAGAAAAGGCCAUGAGGAAUCAUGAAAAAUCAAAGAAGCAUCGGGAGAUGGUUGCCUUGUUAAAACAACAGUUGGAAGAGGAGGAGGAAGAUUUUUCAGCACAUCAACAGGCAAAUGAAAAUGGAUUGGAUGCUAAUGCAGAGGAAGAAACAGAAGAUACACCAAAGCAAAAGCUUUCCAAAAAACAGAAGAAAAAGAAACAGAAAUCUGUGCCGAUAUAUGAUGACAAAUUCAAUAAAGAUGAGCCUGUAGAUGAAGUGAUUGUUGAAUCAAAAGAAGCUACCAACACAAGUGAGAACAACACCAAAGGAUUGGAAGACAGUUCCCAGGAAAAGGUCAUUAUUUCGGAAGCUGAUGAGCAGUCUGAAGAUCCCAAAAGAGCAGAAAAAAAUAUUCCAAAACCCAAAGGAAAGAAAGCCAAGGAUUUGAAAAAAUCUGCCAAAACAUCUGAUGAACAACAAGUAGUGAGUGACGUUCCUAUCCGAUGUACAACCUGCCAUAGUGAAUUUUCUUCUCGGAAUAAGCUGUUUGAUCACCUGAAGACCACAGGCCAUGCGAGAGCCCCUUCCACAUCCUCUCUAAGUAGUGCAGCCAGUGCCCGGAGCAAGAAAGAAAAACGUAAAAACCGAUAGGCCUUCAGCAGACAGUUUUACUCUUUGAUUAUCGCUAGAAUUCAAAACCAAAACCUGGACUGAGAAUGUUCUAAGGAAUUAUUAAAAUGUAACACAUCUGUGGAAUCUGCAAUUUCUUGCAGUGUGGAUGAGUAUUUUUAUCUUGUAUAAACAUUUUUGUUUAAUAUAUUUUUUUUAAACAUUUCAGUGACUGAUUUACACUUUUGCUGUCACAAUUGAAUGGAAAUUCUCAAACGGGUGAAAUACUCUAACGCUCAUCUUCUUGAUUUAUUUCUGGUUCAUGUGGGUCAGAAAUGUACAGAGGGGAAAUAAAUUAUUUUAACACAUA